CCGGCCGCUCGCUUGCGCGGCGAUCGAGAGAACGAAGAACAGCUCCGGAGAGGACUCUUCUCGGCGGCCAUCCCUCUCUUGUUCCUUUGAUUCAUCGAUUUGGAAGAUAAACAUUGUAACAUAGCAUGGAUAAGAAUGAAGAGUCUGGGAUUUCUUCAUUAUUUAUACAAACAACUGAAGAUGUUGCAAAUGCUGUUGCCACCGCUGCUUCUGCAACAACUGUUCGCUCGCCACGUCCAUCUGUAGUGUUCUCAUCAAGAGACGACAGUGGCAAUAACCAGCUUCAGAAACUGCAACGUCGGGUUAUAAGCGUUUUAAAGGGAUUUUCGCCUCCACCAGAAGUCAAAAAGGCAACUUAUAAUCCAGAAAUACUCACCAGCCAAAAAAGGCAGUGGGCAAAUUUUCAGUUGCAAGCCUUGGAUCAAAGGUCGGUCAAAGAACCAUCAAAGCUUAUUGAGAGCAUAGUAGUUGUUGGACUUCAUCCAAGAACUGAUGUUCGGGCUCUUGAAAAGCAUGUAUUGGAGAGAAGUAAUGAAGAUCAAAAGAAAUCUAGAAGCAUGCUUAAUUUUCAUCAACAAGUUCAUGCUGAACCAAAUUUUGAACCCCAGAUUUUAUUUGUGUAUCCUCCAAAAAAGAAGCUACCUCUCAAGUACAAGGAUCUCCUCUCCUUUUGCUUUCCCGGAGGCCUGGAGGUUCAUGCAGUAGAAAGAACCCCUUCACUGAGUGAGUUGAAUGAAAUUCUUCUUGGCCAGGAGCAAGUCAAGCAGAGUGAUUUGUCUUUUGUGUUCCGCCUACAGGUGGCUGAUGAUUCAUCUUUAUAUGGAUGUUGUGUUUAUAUUGAAGAAAUAGUACAGAAACCUUCAGGAUUAAUUUCAAUGCUUUCAGAAGAGCAAGGAACCUGUUUUCCUUUGAGCCGAUACAUAAUAACCACACCCCGGUGCUACUGCAUUCUAUCAAGGCUUCCAUUCUUUGACUUGCAUUUUGGUAUAUUGCGAAGCAUUUUCAGUGAAGAAAGGUAUGAACGGUUGACAAGAGGCAUUGAGAUGCUGAACUUGUUAUCAUUGGAGGAAAAUUAUGGGCAAGACAGAACUGAUGAUGAACCCAAAAGCACUGAACAGGAUCAAUCUUCUGCUGAUGACAGAGGUCAGGUGGAGUUCUCCAAUAUUGAUAUAGAAGCUCCUCGUGAAAAAAUCUCUGGAAAUGGGAAUCCACCUGUUUCCUGUGAGCCUGAAGAAGAAUUGGAUUCACAGGAAACUCUAAAGAGCAGCACAGCUCUUGAUGUUGGUAAAGAAGCAGGUGAUGUGACUGAUGGUGAUACCGAAAUUAGUCUUCAAAAUGGUCACAAGGAGCCUAGUAGUGAAACUACAAAGAGAAAACACUUUGAAAAGCAAUUUCCAGUGGCUCUUUUACCACUUCUGCAAUAUCACCAAUAUGAAAGCCCUGAAUCUCAUACGAGAUGCGGUUUCUAUGGUUCUUCUGAAGACAAAAACUUCAGGUGUGAGAUGGAUGACUUGGAGCCGGAGGAACCUUCUUCAUCUGGCCAGGAAGAUUGCACCAAGCAUGACAGCAUUCUUGAAUGGGCCAAGGUGAACAACCAUGGAUCCUUGCAGAUAAUCUGUGAAUAUUAUAAGUUACAAUGUCCCACUAGAGGUUCGAUGAUUACUUUCCAACCUCUUGAACACCUGCAUCCCUUGGAAUUUCAGAGACCUGCUGAAACAGUUCUGCACAUUGCUGGUUCCACUGUUGAUCUUAGAUCCCAGAAUGCAAGUUUAAAAUUGGCUGAGGCUCAGAGCGCACUCUUGGCAGAGGAGGAGGCGACUGCUCUCUCUGUAUGGACAGUCGCAUGCAUUUGUGGAAGUUUGCGACUUGAAAAUGUAUUGGCGUUGUUUUCUGGUGCACUUUUGGAGAAGCAAAUUGUUGUUGUUUGCUCCAAUUUGGGAAUCUUGUCUGCUUCAGUAUUAUCUAUAGUCCCGCUUAUCCGUCCAUAUCAGUGGCAGAGCCUUCUAAUGCCGGUUUUGCCAAUCUAUAUGAUGGACUUUUUGGAUGCACCUGUCCCGUAUAUAGUCGGGAUAAAAAACAAGACAUCAGAAUUGCAAUCUAAGCUGUCCAACGUGAUUCUUGUUGAUGUUAACAAGAACCAGGUGAAGUCAACUUCAAUGCCACAACUGCCCCAGCAUAAAGAAUUGUUCUCAGCUUUAAGCCCUUAUCAUGCAAGGCUUGUGGGCGAAAGUUACCUGGCCAGGAAAAGACCAGUAUAUGAUUGCACAGAUGUCCAGGUUGAAGCUGCCAAAGGUUUCUUAGCAGUUUUGAGAUCAUACCUUGAUUCUCUUUGCUCUAAUCUGAGAUCACACACCAUCACUAAUGUUCAAUCCAACGAUGACAAGGUCUCUUUGCUUUUGAAGGAGAGUUUUAUUGACUCUUUUCCAAGCCGAGACAGGCCCUUUAUGAAGCUUUUUGUGGACACCCAGCUCUUCUCUGUACAUACAGACCUUGUCCUUUCAUUUUAUCAGAAGGAUUAGUUUUAGCAUGAGAGACCCUGCUAAUCAAGAAUUUUUAUGCAGGAACACAGCUUCUUGUUUUAGAAGGUGGUUUAGGUAAUCUCCAAAGCAUGCAAAGCAAUCCCAGAUCAUGGAACAUCGCCGGUUGUCCAAACAUGUAUAUACUGUCCAAUUUCAAUUCUAAGAUUGUGAUUGACAAUACACUCAAUAGAGUAGUAUAUUGCUGAUGCAUACUGUGUCAUAUUUGUAUUACAUGUAAAGAAUUACUGCCUCCCAUUCUUGAUAAUCAGUUCUUGCAUCAUUGACAAUCAGACCACCAA